AUGUCGGAUGCCUCCCGCUCCAGCCGGGCGCCCGCUUUCCCCUGCGGCCGCUGCGGGGCCGAGCUCCCGUGUCUGUGGGACCUGCGCUCCCACCCCGAGGGCCGCGGCUACGCCUGCCCGACCUGCGGCAAGGCCUUCGCCCGCUCCUCGGCCCUGCUCCGCCACGAGGCCGCGCACCGCGGGGAGAAGGCCUUCCGCUGCGCCCAGUGCGGCAAAGGCUUCGCCCGGGCGGCUCAGCUGGCGACCCACGGGCGGUCGCACACGGGCGAGCGCCCCUUCGCCUGCCCGACCUGCGCCAAGGCCUUCAUGUCCUCCUCCCACCUGGCGCAGCACCGGCGCACCCACUGGGCCGAGCGCCUGCCCGCUCACCGGCGCUUCCACACGGGCGAGCGGCACUUCCGCUGCGAGCGCUGCGGGUGCGGCUUCUUCCACUCCUCCGACCUGCUGCGGCACCAGCGGGUGCACAUGGGCGAGCGGCCCUUCCACUGCGAGCACUGCGGCAAGAGCUUCGCCCGCUCCUCCGUGCUGGCCAAGCACACCCGCAGCCACACCGGCGAGCGGCCCCACCGCUGCCAGGCCUACCCCAAAGCCUACGGCACCGCCUCCCAGCUCACGGAGCACCAGCGGGUGCACACGGGUGAGCGGCCCUUCCUCUGCUCCGUCUGCGGCAAGACCUUCGCCUGCUCCUUCCUGCUGCACCGCCACCUCAAGCUCCACCCCUGCCCCGAGUGCCCCAAAGCCUUCAAGACCUCAGGGCACCUGCAGAAGCACCGGCUGAUUCACACCCGGGACAGCGCGGCUGGCGGGAGGAGGCAGCGGCGGAAACGGGAGGCGGGGCCGGGGGCGGAGAGAGAGGUUGGAAAGGGGGUGCCCCCACCCCAUCCAGGGAGACUGACCCCCUCCCGCUGUGGGGGAUGCUCACUGGGGUGUCCUCGGGAGACUGCGGAAGCCCCCACAUUGAAGGCAAGGUGA